AUGACCUCGUCAUUCUCGCAAACAUCAGUAGUCUAUACACCAAUCCCUUACGCACAUACCGGCGAAGAGAAGUCUACAUCGGGAUUAUCUAGGACGGAACGACGGGUUCGACCACAAGAGAGACGCAAAAGCUUGACCGUAUCGCCAUUACUCAAGUAUCCUGACUUUCCAGUUAGAGUACAGUGUCCACACUGCAGUCAAUUCGUAACCACAACUGUGAGAUAUCGUAAUGGAACAUGCACAUAUGCUCUUGCAACAGCAUUAUUGCUUACAACUGUCAUAUUAUUUUGGGUACCAUUUUGUCUCAAAGCAACAAAGGGAGGUAUAGUCCUUUGGUCAAAAACGUUCGCAAGAGUGAGAACCUCACCUGUGGAUCCACUGAUUAAAGAGGUUUUGAUAGAGGAACGUGCGGGCGAGACCGAAUAUGUAAAGGAUUCGUACUGUUUAAAAUGGACUUUUGCAAACGAGCUCGACUUGAUCUUUGUGGUAGCGUACCAGAAAAUUCUUCAAUUGGCAUAUAUAGACGAACUAUUGUCAACGGUUAAGAAGUACUUUUGUGAAAAAUUCGCAGCUCUUAUCAGGGACACUUCGAAAAUUCAUAACUUUGAAUUCGACAGCGAUUUUGAUACAAUUCGCACCCGACUAGAAAGAAAAGGGGAACAGGAGAAAAGACAAGCUCCUCGGAAAUUUGACCAAACAAAAAAGUACAAAUCAACGCUGGAUGCCGCAAAAACGGGUAACGACGUGAGUGAUCUCCGCAAUCCGCAAGAAUCAGUUUCUGAGAAUCAAGACGCUUUCCCUGCGAAUAAAGAUAUUCUUUCCCGUGGUGGGAAAGCUCGAACGACAGGAAAGAAGAAAAAAGGCAACAAACAACAAUCUACAGAAGUCAAUUCAGUAGAUCAAAGCCAAACACGAAAAAAAGUAAUGCGAAAAUGGGAUGACAAAGUGAGCAAGGAAGAAGCCGAGAGUCUGGAUUAUAGCAACUCGAAGAAUUCGGAACUUGAUUCGACAGAAGUAAUUAGAAAUUUUGUUGACGAACGCAAACUCGGACGUCAUUUCAAAGAUGGUCAUUACGAAAAUAAGAAUGGUGGAAUAUUUUCAUUCUUCAAGAGUAUCACGGGUCAGAAGGAAUUAACUGAACGUGACUUGGCGCCAGUCAUGGCUAACAUGAGAGAACAUCUGAUUAAAAAGAACGUUGCCGCUGAUAUUGCUUCCCACUUGUGCGAUUCCAUUACAAAGAAUUUGGUUGGACAAAAGUUGGGCAGUUUUAGAAGUGUGCACUCGGCGGUGAAACUUUCAAUGGAAGCCUCUUUAACAAAAAUUCUAACACCAAAGACAUCUGUCGAUCUGUUACGUGACAUAGCACAAGCACAGUCAGAAUCCCGUCCAUACACUAUCUGCUUUAUCGGCGUCAAUGGAGUUGGUGAUUAUCUCAAUAUGAACAAUUUACGCGUUCUUAUUGCUGCAUGCGAUACCUUUAGGUCGGGUGCAGUUGAACAGUUGAGAGUACAUGUGCGGAACCUUAAUAUGUUGGGACAAGGGAAGGGAGUGGAGCUAUAUGAGAGAGGCUAUGGCAAGGAUGCCGCUGGCAUCGCAAAGGAUGCUAUUUCAUAUGCAAAAACAAAUAGGUUCGACGUUGUAUUGAUCGAUACAGCAGGAAGAAUGCAAGACAAUGAACCUUUGAUGCGAGCUUUGGCAAAGCUUGUAACGGUAAACGAUCCGGAUAAAAUAAUAUUUGUCGGCGAAGCACUGGUUGGUAACGAAGCAGUUGAUCAACUAACAAAGUUCAAUCAAGCAUUGAAAGACUUUUCCGGACUACAAAACCCAAGACAGAUCGAUGGAAUAAUAUUGACCAAGUUUGAUACAAUUGAUGAUAAGGUUGGUGCAGCAUUAUCCAUGACUUAUACGACAGGACAGCCAAUACUGUUUGUCGGCACUGGGCAAACGUAUACUGAUUUAAAAAACAUGAAGAUUGGGCACGUUGUCCAAUCUUUGAUAAAAGGUUAA